AAAGAAGCUCGGAUAAGUGCCUUAGGUAAGACGUUGUCGUUGUUUCCGUUAUCACCGAACUUCGCCAAAAUGCUCGUCAUGGCCAAUCAGAGCGGUCUACUUCCAUACGUUUGUACACUGGUUGCCGUCUUGUCCGUUCGAGAACCACUCAUUCCAAUCUAUUCGAUCAGGGGUGAAACGAAUGAAGAAACACAAUCGAAGAUGUUGGAAACACUAAAACAACGACGGCAUUGGUGUGCACAAGGGCAAGCGCGUAGAUUCGGUGAUUUGAACGUUCUUCUGAAAGCGGUUCUCGAUUGCAUCGCGCAAAAAGUUGGUUCUUCACAUAGUUUUUUUGAGUUGAUGAUCGGUUUAAUAGUUUUCAAUAGUCGAUUAUAG